AGGGAGGGCAAACCAUUGCAUUCUAAAACUUCUUCCUUGCUUUACUUAUUUAUAUAAGUAGUCAAGAGUAACAAACUCUGGAUAAUCCAAUCCAAGUUUUUGACAAUGGUCACAGGCUUGUUUAGAUGUAUCUCUCUUACAAACUCAUUCAUCAUCACAGAAGCCACAAAGUCCCUCACCCCUCUCCAUCUCUUAGCAGCUUUAGCUUUAAUUCUGGUAGUUUUCUUGCUUUAUUCUAGAUUCAGUAGUGUCUACCUUAUUGACUUCUCCUGUUAUCGGGCCCCCAAUCACUUGCGAACCCCAACCUCCCACGUGAUUGAACACUUGGAAUUAUAUGGCAAUUUCAGUGGAGAGAACGUCAAUUUCCAAGCAAAGUUAAGUGAGAGAUCAGGCAUUGGAGGUGAAGCUUUCAUUCCAGUAGGAGGACAUGAAAUACCACCUGAUGCUUCUUUGAAGCGAGCUCGAGAAGAAAUUGAAAUGGUUCUCUUCACUGUUGUGAAAGAUCUUCUAUCCAAACACAAAAUAAACUCCAAACAAAUCGACAUUCUUAUAUCAAAUUGUAGCCUCGUCUGCCCGACACCAUCCAUUACAGCCAUGAUCAUAAACAAGUUCGGAUUCCGAAGCAACGUGAAAAGCAUCAGCCUCAGUGGAAUGGGUUGCAGUGCCGGAAUUUUGUCCAUAAGUUUGGCUAAAGAUCUUCUAAAAGUUCAUAAGAACUCCUUAGCUCUAGUUCUUAGCAUGGAAGCCGUUACUCCCAACGGCUAUAUGGGUAAGAACAAGUCCAUGCUUGUAGCCAACACUCUAUUUCGGGCAGGGGGAGUUGCCAUCCUAUUAUCCAAUAGGAAGCAAGACAAGAAGAUCGCAAAAUACAAGCUUCAACACCUUGUCCGAACCCACAUGGGAUCUGAUGACCUAUCAUACCAGUCUGUCUUCCAAGAAACUGAUGAAGAUGGGUUUGUUGGGGUCUCACUAUCAAGGGCACUUUUACGUAUAGCAGGCAAUGCCUUAAGGACCAACAUAUCUGAGAUAGGUCCACUUGUCUUGCCAUACUCUGAGCAGAUCCGAUAUGGGUGGUCAUUGUUUUGCCAGAAGGUUUGGGCUCCCGCAAGAUGGAAGGAAAUUCAUACACCAAAUUUCAAGAAGGCUUUUGAGCAUUUCUGUAUACAUGCUGGUGGAAGGGCUGUCAUUGAUGCUGUGGAGAAUAAUCUCAGGCUGUGCAAUGAAGAUGGAGAAGCUUCAAGGAUGACAUUGUAUAGAUUUGGUAACACUUCAUCUUCCUCUGUCUGGUAUGAGCUCUGCUAUCUGGAGGCAAAAGGAAGAAUUAAGAAAGGAGAUCGGGUUUGGCAAAUUGCAUUUGGGAGUGGCUUCAAGUGUAACAGUGUGGUUUGGAAAUGCAUUUCAGAAGUAGAUCCAAAGGUAGAAAAUGCAUGGUCUGAUAGAAUCCAUUUAUAUCCUGUGGAAGUCCCCCAUGUGAUUGACCAUUGAUAAUCAACAUAGAUGCUUUAGUUUUGAAAUAUACUUGAUUGUAGACUAAAAUUUCUAUCUCCUCAUAUAUGCUUCUGGAUAUGUAUUUCAUGGUUGACAUCCCAUUGUAUUA